AUGGAGAAAAUCCACGAAUCCUCUAAGUCCAAAGCCGUCGAUGUUAACAUCGAAAAGAUUUGCACGGUCAUCCCUCCUCCGCCAUUCUCUCCUUCGAGAAGUAGGUCUCUUCUUGCAAAGCUAGAUUGGAAUAUCAUGCCAUUCCUAUCUCUUCUUUACUUACUUUCCUUCUUGGAUCGAAGCAACAUCGGAAAUGCCAAGCUAUUCGGUCUGCAGAAGUCUUUGGGGAUGCCAACUGAAGGUCCCCGGGCGAUCCAAUACAAUGCAGCCUUGGCAAUCUUCUUUCCCUUCUAUGUCGCUGCCGAGAUUCCAUCCAACAUGAUGAUGAAGCGUCUUCGUCCCAGUCUCUGGUUAACAAUCAUGCUCGCAUGGAGCAUUUGCACAAUUGGUCUGGGAUUCGUCAAGAAUUACUCUGGUCUCCUAGUUGUUCGUGCAUUCCUAGGAGUUUGCGAGGGUGGUUUGUUUCCUGGUGUCACAUACUAUAUCACGAUGUGGUAUGCUCGUCAUGAAUGCGGUCUGAGAAUGGCAUUGUUCUUCUCGGCAGCAACAGCAGCAGGAGCAGUCGGUGGACUACUUGCCUUCGCAAUCGAUAAAAUGAAUGGGGUUGGUCGACGGGAAGCAUGGUCUUGGAUCUUCAUCCUCGAAGGCAUUCUUACCUUUAUCGUUGCUCUUGCAGCAUACUGGCUCAUCAAUGACUAUCCUCGCACAGCCAGAUUUCUCACAGGAGAAGAACGAACCGAAGUUGAGCGUCGCCUGAAAGCUGAUCGAGGUUCUCUUGCAGACGACUUCGACUUCAAAUACGCAUACGACGCUUUGAAAUAUUGGAAGAUCUACAUACAUAUGUUCAUCACAAUUGGCAUCUACACUCCUCUCUACUCGAUCUCUUUGUUCCUACCCACUAUCAUAAAGAAUAUGGGAUACGCAAAUGAAAAGAGUCAACUGAUGACAAUCCCAGUUUAUGCUGUUGCUUGCUGCCUCAUAAUUGCAGCUGGCUUCAUAACAGACAGACUCAGACAACGUGGAAUCUUCAUGCUGGCAUUCGAGGUUGUCGCUAUCACAGGAUUCGCAAUGCUUGCCUCAUCAAACAAACCCCACGUCCAAUACGCUGGGACGUUCUUCGCAGCUUCAGGCAUAUAUCCACUCGUACCCAUGGGCGUUGCAUGGAACGGCAACAACAUUGGAGGUAGCUUGAAGAGGGCUGUGGGCAUCGCUAUGCAUGUCAGUUUUAGAAAUCUGGGAGGUUCUAUCAGCGCUUUUUGUUUCCUGCCGCAAUAUCGCCGAGCGCUUUUGACAAUCUUCAUGUCUGUUUAUCUCCGAUUGGAGAAUGCGAGGAGGGAUAAGAAUGGACCAAUGCUGGGGAGCUAUACUGAGGAUCAGCGGAGUGCUGAGAGGGGGGAUGGUGAUAAUGCCACGUUUUAUCGAUAUACUGUGUAA